CAGGCUUGCAUUCAAGAUGCCAAAUUUGGGAGGAGGUGCCAAGUGCGCAGCGUGUGAGAAGACGGCGUACCAUGCAGAGGAGAUCCAGUGUAACGGGAGGAGCUUCCAUAAGACCUGCUUCAUCUGCAUGAGCUGCAGAAAAGGGCUGGACAGCACCACAGUUGCAGCGCACGAGUCUGAGAUUUACUGCAAGUCCUGCUAUGGCAAGAAAUAUGGGCCAAAAGGCUACGGAUACGGACAAGGAGCUGGAGCUCUGAACUCAGACCCUCCUCGACAUGUCGGCCUGCAGCCUCACAACUCUAAACCACGACCAGCUUCUUCAAACUCCAAUGACAGUAAAUCUUCCCCGAAGUUUGGAUGUUCAGACCGCUGCCCUCGCUGCUCCAAAGCCGUCUACGCAGCAGAGAAGAUGAUGUCAGCGGGGAAGCCCUGGCAUAAAACAUGUUUCCGCUGCGUCCUGUGUGGCAAAGGCCUGGAGUCGACCACAGUGACAGACAAGGAUGGAGAGCUGUACUGUAAAGUUUGUUACGCCAAACAUUUCGGCCCAAAAGGAUUUGGACUGGGGAACGCCGCCAUGUUGGAGUAACGACAACCUUCUGGUUUUAAACUCACAUUCACGCGACAGCUGGUUGGGUGGAGACUCAGCCUUCAUUCACCG